AUGUAUAGAGAGAGAGAAAAGACACCUAAUAUUCUGUUUUACCGAACUACACUUCAACAGCCAGUGGCAUAUUUCAAUAGGCUCCAAAACUUUGCUUUGAACAUUUGCGCAUUAUCGACGACAACAAUUGCACAUUCCUUCAGCCUGAAGCAUAGCAGUGAUCCUCGAGCCACUUUAAACAGUGACAAAGUUUUGAAACCUUUCAAAAUACGUACCCCACUAGUCUUUCCUGUUGACAUACACCAUUUUCAAUGUAAUAAUUUGCAUGACCAUGCAUAA